AUGGACUGCUGCAAUUACGGCGAGUAUCGCGGGCAAGCGCACGCACAGUACGGUGCGAGCGCCGGUUGGGAGGGCUACGGCUACGCGCCCGUGCCUUACUCGCCCUACGCGCACGCCUACUACUCGCCGCACGCGCACGACCCCUACACGCGCUACUACCGCUACGACUAUCCCACGCACCACGUGCACCACAGCGACCAUGCUAUUUCCAUGGAUUAUGGCGUCUACGCGCUGAAAGAGGCGCGGACGCGGCGAGCCUUAGCGAGGCGGGAGCUACGAACGCAUCCUGCGCAUUUGUCUCUACCGCAGACGCCUCCCUUAGAGUGUGGCAUAAACGGCCGUGGCCCAACUUACUGUGAACCGCAAAUGUGGUCUCCUUAUCAGAUGGGAAUGAUUGGUGGAGGCUGGAGCGGGAUUAAUUCAGUUAAUGGCUCUUGGACUUCACGAAGUAUGUGUUCACGCGAACCGAUACGUUACGCUCCCGAUUGCCGAUUGAUAAAAGGUUCAAAUUUACAUCACCAGACUCAGGUGUGUGCACAAGAUGGAAGGUCUACGCCAUAUCCAACAUACGACGAUUCUCAUUAUAAUAGUGAAAACAGACUGAAACACGUCAGCAUCCAGGACUUUUCUGGGAGAAACAUGUUACCAUCGGCGGCACCACGCCCGGCUCGCGAUACUUUUUACGCAGAGCAGCGACGUUCUCCGCCAGAAGAAAAACGACCCCCAGUAGUUCCUCUGCCAGCUUUCCAACAAGCCUUUGGGUCGACUGAGAUAGGUAAAUUUGCUGAAGCUUUCAGUCGGGCUGAGGUCGCGCAUGAAACCGAGGAUUCAUCUGACAAUUUUAUGUUUGAAUCUUUUCAAGACUGGGAAGCUUCAUCCGACCCUCAGUGGACUUCGCAAUCUGCAAAUCGGGAGAUAAAAUGUGAAGAAACCUUUUGAGAAUAAUUUGUCUUCUCGCUAGUGCUAAUUUUGGGCGGUUUCGCCUCGUAGGUAACUAGAUAAUUUUUAGUUUCACCACCACGUUGCCAAAAUGAUGUAGUUCGAUGUCUGAGAUAUCUCGAUAUCUUAAAACUAGGAUGUGAUAACAAUUUUUUAAAGUGUACGAAGUCAACAGAACAAAUAGUGGUGUGACUUAUAUUCGAUAUACAUAUGAUACGAUAUAAUAUUAUAUAAUAAAAAAAUUAGUU